AUUCCUUGUCCACAACCCCCUCGUCCAGUGUUCCGAGUCCGAUUCAUCUCAAGUGCAGUAACAUAACCGAUCAAGAAACGUACUAUUGUUGACAAAACUUCGUCGAACUCCUAUAUCUUGCAACAUGUUCGGAUGCAUAGUGGCAGGGCGAUCCCUCCAGACUGAAUUGAAUCAGAUAGACGAAACGCAUGCAGCCUUCGAACUUCCAGCAGCAGAGCAGAUCAAUCACAUUUGCGUCUUUCUAUUAGGAACAGUUCCUUUUCCUGAUGGAUACGGCGCGUCGGUGCACUUCUUUUGGCCCGGGAAGGGUUUCCAACUUCUCGGAAUGCUUUCGAAUGAGAAACCAUCUGCCAUCUUCCGGCUCCGAGGAACGUUCACAGGUCAAAUCACCGAUGCACAUGCUGUAUUCAGCGGGGCCAGUACACCCAUGGCAACAGACGGUACACCCAUGACCGACGGUCUACCCAGCGUAACAGCUAUCCUCGGAUUAGCUAUCGAACCUCUUCCCGCUAUCCUGGACCAAAUGUCCAGCCUUCCUACAGCAGCAAUUGUAGCAAGGAGUUGUACACCGGCGUUGCCAGAUGCGACGAUACUGGCGGAAAAUAUCGUCAAACAUCUAUUCAACUAUAUCUCGAGUUUCGUCAGUGGGACUGCAGUGACACCGGAGACUCCAGUUCCGUUGGCUAUCAUUGCUAGAUGGUACGAGUCAUUCAUUGGGAAGGUCCGGAAUGUGGGGAUUGGUUUUUUGGAUACCCUGGAAUAGGAAGAUGUGAAGUGUCUGCUUUCUACGGUACCAUGGGAUUGGGCAGUUUAUAUCGAUGAUAUCCUGUAUUAUAGCUGAGACAUAGCGUCAUUUUCUCAUAAUGACAGAACUUUCAGACAUAUCCUGAGUGUACAUAUUGUUCAAAUUUCAUCUCCUCUGGCCCUC